AUGACGGACACCUGGCAAGAGAUAGCAGAACGCAAGCGACAAGAGCGUGACUCCCGCAUCCCCAAAGAAUGGCGCCUCCGCCGUGCCAUCCCCUCCGACCGUUUCAAUCUCAAAGAUGUCCCACGAGAGUCUGGCAUCUUGACCCAGCGAGAACUUGAUCUCACAGAGAACUUCGAUGCUACAGCUCACCUCUCCGGCCUCUUGACAGGCCUCCUCAAAUCUGUAGAUGUCACGACGGCAUUCUGCAAACGCGCCGCCAUCGCCCAACAAGCUACGAACUGCCUGACCGAAAUCCUUUUCACGGACGCCAUCACCCGUGCAAAGGAACUCGAUGCCCACUACGCACGGACCGGGAAACCCAUCGGACCUCUACACGGCCUCCCCAUCUCGCUCAAAGACACCUUCAAAAUCAAAGGCUACGACUCCUCCGUCGGCGUAGCAGCCUUCUGCUUCCAGCCCGCUACCACCAACUCCGCGCUCGUGGACCUCCUGCUCGAGCUUGGCGCAGUGCUAUACUGUAAGACCAAUGUGCCGCAGACGAUGGCAGCGCUGGAUAGCCAUAACAACGUCUUUGGCCGGACCUUAAACCCGGCGAAUCGCUUGCUUACAGCCGGUGGCAGUAGUGGUGGCGAGGGCGCUUUAAUUGCGAUGCGCGGGAGUGUGUUGGGUGUGGGGACGGAUAUUGGGGGCAGUAUCCGUGUGCCGGCCUUUGUGAAUGGGCUGUAUGGUGUAAAGCCUUCGCAUGGCAGGGUGCCGUAUGCUGGGCAGGAAGGCGGAGCGCUGCCGGGAGCGAACAAGGUGGGGAUGGAGGCCACGGCGGGACCGAUUGCGGUGAGUCAGAGGGACUGCGAGAUGUUUUUGAGGGUGGUUUGUGAUGCAAAGCCGACGGGGCUGGAUCCUGAGGUGCUUGAGCAGACGUGGGGGCAGCAGGCAUCGCUUCCCGUGGGGAGUGGGAGGAAACUGAGGAUCGGAGUCGCAAGAACGGAUGGGCAUGUGACGCCUUUGCCGCCGGUUCAGAGGCUGAUGGAUGAUGUGGCGAAGACGUUGGCCGCAGUGGGUGGUAUUGAGGUGGUAGAGAUGGAUUUGUCGAGCUUUGGGCCGCAGAUUGUGAAGACGUUCAAUGGGAUCAUGUCGAUUGAUGGAGCGAAUACCUGGUUUGAUCAUCUGGAGAAGACGGGAGAGCCACUGUCGCCUUGGCUAUCAACUCGGUUGAAGCGCCGACCGCAGAAGAAGAUAGACGACGUUCGAAAGCUGCAAGCCCAACGGACGGAUAUACAGACCAGAUUCCUCUCCGUCUGGAAAGAGAGCGGCGGCUACUGGCGAUCCUCCACCCCAUCCACAGCUGGAGAAGACAAACACCUCGACCUCCUCAUCUGCCCUCCAGCUCCGCAUCCUGUCGCAGCGAUCGAUAGAUGGAACGAUACAAACUACCAUUCGAUGUUCAACAUCCUUGACGUCAGUACUGGCAUCCUCCCUGUGCGGACGUUCUCCGAGAAAGACAUGCAGAGCGAGGUCACGGCCACGAAGCCGCUGAAUGGAUGGGACAAGGUCAAUCGAGAAAUGUGGACGGGUUUCGACCGCAAGACGUAUCUAGGAAGCGCUCUGAGCAUUCAGGUGGUGGCGCCGAGGUUGCAGGAGAGGAGAUUGGUGGAGGGGAUGGGGUUGUUGGACGAGGCGUUGAGGGGGUUGAGAGAGGAGAGUGCCAGGAGGAGUAAGCUGUAG